AUGUCAGACCAAUUGCAGAUACUUGACGGAACUAACCUCCGUCACCUCGAUCUAUCCACCGCCGUCUUCGAUCGUCCGGUCACCGGAGCUCAAAUUCUUCACAUUGCACAUUCGCGAGCUUCUCCUUCUCUCUUCGAUCUUCCUUUACCCGAUCCUCUCAAAGCCUCUGCACUCAAUCGCCUCCGGAGUAUCGCUGACGAACCUUUGUUUUCACCGGAGGCUGAGUAUGAGCCUUUACAGGCUUCUCAAAUUCUCAAACAAUACAUCGCCGCCAUCGCCGAUGAACUCAAAGGUAGUCCUCUUGUUGUAUCAAUCUUGGAUGGAAGUACUCUUCGUUUGUUGUUUGAGGAUGAGGAUGAUUUUGCCAUGUUAGCAGAAAAUCUGUUCACUGACUUGGAUGUUGAAGAUAAGGGGAAAAUCAGUAAGAGUGAAAUUCGAAAUGCUCUUGUUCAGAUGGGAGUUGACAUGGGAGUUCCUCCAUUCUCAGAAUAUUCUCAGCUAAAUGACUUAUUGAGUAAACAUGGAGCGGAUGGAGAAGAAGAACUGGGCCAGGCACAAUUUGCACAGCUUCUGCAGUUUGUAUUACAAGAUCUUGAGAUGGAACUUUCCAAAAAGAAUUUUGUUUUCAUCCAGAAUAUCCAAAUCAUAAAUGGCUCUAAGAUAAGACAGCUAUUGGCCAAUGAAAAGGAGUUAAACAGCUUCAUAGAGAAGGCAUUACAAGAAAAACUCAAUGCAAAGGAUGGUUUAGGAAGCACGGAAUUAAUAAGGAGCUUCCUUGAGAAAAACACUAAGGAGUUGGGUUUACCACUAUAUGAUGGUGGCGAUGCAGCUGAUCUUUUUUAUGAUGGUGUUUUUGCUGAUGUAGCCAAAGAAAAAGGUGCAGUGGAAUUAGAGAAACAAGAGCCAGCAAAACUUUUGAAAGAUAUCUUAGAGAAAAUGGCAGAGCAACUUGAGUUGAAUCCAGUAUAUCAGGACUUUGCUUGA